CGUUCGUUUCAUUCACUUCGUCCUGUGUGGUGUUUUGGGGGUCUGCCGUUUUCAUUUUUUCACUCCCUUGGUGGAGCCUUUUUCGCAGUCGCGUAGAUUAGUGAAUAUGGAUUAAAAAUCAUGUGUAACAAAUAGUUCUAUCGUAGCUGUAUCAGUUUAUUCCCUCGGGAUCUUCCAGACAACCGGAAGUAGUGUCGUUUUUCGCGAAGAAUCCUGAUUUUCGAGACGGUAGUUUUCCACUCGAGAUUGUUGUGUUCGAAGAAAUAUAGAAUCUGAUGUAGAGUGCUUUGAGUUUUUUUUUUUCGUCGUUAUGUGAAGCGUUUAGUGUAAGCCCCAAACCCCAGACAAGUAAAUUUUGCCUUAUCUUCUGCGCCUGCUAGGAUAUCCCUUUUCCUUUUUUGGGGGAUUUCUUCGGAACUUGUUCUGCAUGCAGUUGUAUGCGUAGCCGUUUUCGAAAUUUGUUUUUGGUAUUUUGUACUGGCACUCUUUGGGCGACUCGGGGGUCGUGAAUUGAUUCCUUGUCCUUGAUCUCGGUGCAAACCGGAUAGUAAGAAAAACAGGGGAACGUGUCCAGUGACCUGACCUGAUGGUUCGUAACAAAUAUUCUCUGGGAAAUGCUGGCAAAUCGCCGAGUAAGAAAUCACGCACCAGUAGUGGCAUCAAUAGCAAACAGCACGAAGCCAGCGACAACGAAGGAGGCGAAGGCACUUCCGCAUCGUCCCUGGUAGGAAGCGGCACCAGUGGCCCGAGAUGUGAUUCCGUGCACAAGCAAAAUCUUUACAUUAUUUCGUUCCCCGUUAUCUUUGUGUUCAACGUGUUGCGUUCGUUACUUUAUCAACUGUUCAUCAUUUUUCGGUACAUUUAUAAUUUCACUACCAAAGUUGUUUACAAACCGGUGAGAAAAGAGUGUGGUCUCGAGGUGGUCAUUAACGAUCAGAACCAGCUGCAGAAUCGCACACCUGCACACCAUCAGCUCCCGGAUCAUCAACACCAGCAAAAUCCGGAGCACGCGAUUCAGUUGCAAUACGACGCGCAACUACAUCAGCAGCAGGGACAUCCUCACCCGUUGCAGUACUCGAGUAGCGGGGUCUUACUGAACGGACCCGACGCUAGAGAGAUGUCGGUGCAAAGAUCUGCUAGCGGGAGCCAGGUUGGGCCUGGUCCCGGAGAUCCGCUGCUGGCCAAGCAGAAGCAUCAUCACCGGAGGGCCUUCGAGUACAUCUCCAAGGCGCUGAAAAUCGACGAAGAGAACGAGGGUCAGAAAGAGCUAGCUAUCGAACUGUACCGGAAGGGGAUCCUGGAACUGGAACGGGGCAUCGCCGUGGACUGCUGGGGUGGCCGGGGCGAAGUUUGGGAACGGGCCCAGCGACUUCACGACAAAAUGCAAACCAAUCUGUCGAUGGCUCGAGAUCGGUUGCAUUUUCUAGUAAUGUAA